AUGCGCUGGGCGGUGACGCGAAAGGUUUGUUCUCUUGAUAAAGCAACAUCAUUGUCUGCAAAGAUUGACAAGUCCCAGCUCCCGCAACUACAGGAAAUCUGUCUCUUUUGCGCCUUCAGACAUGGCGUAGAAGCCCGUGUUGCAAAUCCCACCCGACAGCAACGUCAGAUUUAUACCUCGAGUGCUCCUUCACGACGUCCGGCUGGAGCUGCGGCAGCUCGUGCUGAAGAGGAGGACGACGACUUAGCAUCCUCCCUGCCUGCACCUGCGCCAAAAAGAGAGCUGCAGGGUUGGAGAUGUCGAUGCAGCCACGUUAACGCAACACAUCGAUUAGAAUGUACAAUAUGUCUGAGUCCACGCCCACAAAAGCUGGAACAUGCCUACAAAGAAAAUGGGCCCCCUCCGAAGCCUUCAUCCUCCUCCAUCCAAAGCUCACGAUCUGCUUCUGGCUCGGGGGAGCAAUCGGUCCCACUGGCAAGAUCACGCAAUUUUUUGGAGUUCAAUUCUCAACCAAUUCUUGACCAAGCUAGAUUUUCGUUUCAACAACCUGAGCGUAAUUCACUCCAGGAGUCACGAUCCUAUCCGCGAAGAAACCAGCCCACUCACCGCGACGGCUCGCGGAGAGAAAGAAAUGGCUCGAACAAAUCUAUGGCUAGAAAUACACGAGAUGCUUCAGCUUCCCAGAAUGGGCCGCGAAUCAAAUUCAUAAUGGGAGAUAGACGUGAGCCACCUGCCCCCGCAUUACAAACAUCAACGACAGGGCCCAGAUCUACUUCUUGGAGACCUUUUGCCCACAAUAACCACCCCUCGGGUGAUGAACAACCAGAAAGAACUGGAAGUGCCAUCGAUGGAGCGGAAGCCAGCCAGAGGACGAAUGCGGACGCUGCAUUCGGGGAAAGAUUUGGAUCUAGACGGCCUCGUGGCGACUUUCAAAGGCGAUAUGAUGAGGGGCUCCAGGUUAGAGCUGGGCCAAGACAAGGCCGCUUCCGGCGCUUUCGGGAGGAUACCUCAAACGAAGCUUCCCACGAUUCGCCGCAAUCAGCCACCGUCGACGAAGACUUUGUUGAAAUUUCGGAAUCCGAGCCAUCUCUACAGACCGAGGAAGAGUCUCCUUCACGAAGGGCCAGAAAAGAUAAAGACGCAGAUAGAAGAAGCAGAGUUUAUGACGUCGAAUCAGCAGAACCAUUCACCACCUCUCAAAUGGCCAGCUCUCCGACUGGAAAAAGGAGGAGCAUUCCAAGGCUGAGCACUCCAGAUUUUGAUCCAGAUGAGGUCGAAGAGUAUCUCGACGAGAGGAGGCGGGGGAAGAAAAAUAAAAACAAGAAAGAACAGGCUCACCUAACCGAACGACCUGAAAUUCGAUUACCGGAAUUUAUUAGCGUGGAGAAGUUAGCCCAAAGCCUCAAGGUUAGGCUGCAUGACUUUUUGGAAAAAUUGGAAGAGGAAGGGUUCGAAGGGGCUCGCUACGAUCAUCUCCUCGACUCUGAAACUUCCGCUAUAUUUGCCGAAAUUUAUGGAUACGAACCCGUCAUCAGCACGAUUAACGAGACUCGCGAUUUGGUAGCACGACCACCGGCAGAAAAUCCGUCCCUGUUGCCACCGCGGCCACCGAUUGUCACCAUCAUGGGUCACGUUGACCACGGCAAAACCACACUCCUUGAUUAUUUCAGAAAAUCAAGCCUGGUUGCGAGAGAACAUGGUGGCAUCACUCAACAUAUCGGAGCCUUCUCCGUGACAAUGCCUGGAUCAGAACGCAAUAUUACUUUCCUAGACACCCCCGGACAUGCUGCCUUCCUAGAAAUGCGUCGACGAGGUGCCCAUGUCACCGAUAUAGUGGUCUUAGUAGUAGCUGCAGAUGACAGUGUCAAGGCUCAGACGAUUGAAGCCAUCAAGCAUGCACUUGAGGCCAAAGUGCACAUGAUCGUGGCGGUCAACAAGAUCGACAAAGAAGAUGCCAACAUUGAACGCGUGAAGCAAGACCUAGUUCGACACGGCAUUGUCGUGGAGGAUUUUGGCGGCGAGUAUCAGGCCAUUCCUGUUAGCGGAAAAACAGGUCGCGGCAUGGCUGAUCUGGAGGAGGCAAUUUUGACCCUCGCUGAUGUUGCCGACUUCCGAGCCGAAAAGGACGGACCGGCCGAAGGAUGGAUUAUUGAGAGUGCAAUCGGUUCGUCUGGUCGCGUCGCCACGGUCUUGGUACGUCGUGGAACCUUGAGACCGGGAGACUUCAUCGUUGCCGGUACUACUUGGGCUCGUGUGAGGACUCUACGCAAUGAUGCGGGUCAGUUGAUACAGGAGGCACCUCCAGGUACACCAGUUCAAAUCGACGGUUGGCGGGAGGGUGAUCCAAUGGCUGGUUUGGAGGUGCUCCAGGCUGAAAGUGAGCGGCAAGCUAAAGAUGCGGUGGCCGUCCGUCAAGAGAGGGAAGAAGCGGCUCGGGCCAUCGACAAUAUGACCACAAUCAAUGCUACGCGCGCAGAAGAAGCAGAGGCUCGUGCUAAAGUAUUGGAAUGGGAAAAAGAACAGGGAUAUCUGGACAUGAGGGUAUCAAGACGUCCCAAGGAUAAUGAAGGCUGGGUUGAGAAAGAAUCAUCGGGUCCUCAACAAGUUCAUUUUGUUGUUAAAGCCGACGUGGCUGGGAGUGUUGAAGCCAUUGUUACUGCCGUCAAUGCGAUCGGCAACAAUGAAAUUGUGGCGAACGUCAUCCACAGUGGCACCGGUGAACUUACAGAAUCCGAUAUCAAGCACCUUGCCGCCACGGGCGAAGUGGGCUAUGCGAUCACAUUCAAUCAACCAGUAGACAACUCUAUCCGGCGACUUGCGGAGGCGACGAAUCUUGGUAUCCUCAACCACAACGUUAUUUACAAAAUUACCGACGAUGUCAAAGAAAAGUUAUCCGCACAAUUGCCUCCAAUCGUGACUCAACGGGUGUUGGGAGAAGCGGAGAUUGGAGAGAUAUUUGAGAUCAACAUCAAACGAGGGAUCCUGAAAAUUGCUGGAUGCCGAGUGACUAACGGUAUCAUUCGCCGCUCUGAGAAGAUUCGAGUUCUCAGAAACGGCGAAGUGGUCUACACGGGCAUGCUCAACUCGUUUAAGAACAUCAAAAAGGAUGUGACGGAGAUGCGAAAAGGGUCUGAAUGUGGCAUGGGCUUUGAGAAUUGGGACGGCUUCCAAGUGGGUGAUCAGGUUCAGUCAUUUGAGGAGCAGAAAGAAGCCCGGAAACUAUACUAG